AUGCAAGAAAUAUGCAACACCGCCGCGCUGCCGCUCGACAGUAACCCCUUAGUCCGCAAAAUAAAAUGCGAAGAGUUCCCUGUCAGAGGAAAACAGCCAGCGAGAAUUGGCAUGGGGGUGCGCGAUGAAAUGGAAGAAGAGUUUGCAGUCAAGACGAGGAACACACCGCCAAUGGGCCCUGCACCGGGACAAGAGCACCCGCGCAUGGAACAUGGAGGCAACGGCUUCUGGCUGGCGGCGGUUACAGCUGCCGGAGCACCUCAUCCCAUGCUUGAAACCUGUACGGAGACUGGCUUUAUUAACAGUCAACCUUCAAUGGCAGAGUUCAUGACUGCACUACCUCAAUUAGGUGGUGGGGAAUUGAGCCCGCAACACACCCCUCCUGGCUACGCUCCGGAUCUACCUUCACCGGGAGGUGGCCUCAACGUGCCCGAAUACCCGUGGAUGAAGGAGAAAAAGACGACCAGAAAGAAUAGUCAGCAAGAAAAUGGUUUGCCACGUAGGCUAAGAACAGCCUAUACAAACACGCAAUUACUGGAGUUAGAAAAAGAAUUCCACUUCAACAAGUACCUUUGUAGACCAAGAAGAAUUGAAAUUGCAGCUUCGUUAGACCUUACAGAGAGACAGGUCAAGGUAUGGUUUCAAAAUCGUCGUAUGAAACAUAAGAGACAAACGUUAAGCAAAAGCGAAGAUGGGGACGAUAAAGACUCCACAACAUCAGAAGGCGGCAAGAGUUCUAAAACAGGAUUGGAAAAGUUUCUUGACGAUGAUGGUCCUUUAUCCGGUAAGAAAAGCUGCCAAGGAUGCGAACUGCCACCUGGUGCUUUGUGCUCUCCAGCUGAAGAUCUUCCCGAGCUCGCAUCGCGUACUAGGAACAACAACACUCCGAGUGCUACAAAUAACAAUAGCUUUGCUAGCGAUGGCGCUUCAAGCGUGGCUUCGUCAUCUUCGCUCGAUAAAAUGGCGGAAGAAGAUUCAAGAGAAGGUCCACCACUUUCAAGUGUCGUCACGGCAGCACCUAGAAAUCUUGCUAAACGUAUCAAACAAGAAUCUAGAAAACGUUCUCCAUCUUUAGAUGCGACAGGCUGUAAAGUGUCACCUUCUUCAUCAAAAGAUGGUCUCGUCGGUGUUACCGGCUUAGAUGGAGGAAAAUUUUCUUCAGUUAAUUUAACGCCAUCCUCUACUCCAGGUACACCUUCCAGUAUGCAUCAAAGUCCCUUAGGAUUGUACCCUCGACCAUCACCCCCACAUGUGCCACCUGGCCCACCGCUACCUCAAGCUGUACCUAACGCUAUGCCUCCAUAUGUCAUAAGAGGAAACGCUCCACCUGGUCAAUUCGUUCCUCAUCCAGAUUUUCGUAUGGACACCAAGCAAUUCGUCGGAAAACUAGCUCAAUACCAACAAAACAACAGAUCUUAUGAAGCUUAUGGUACAGCAUUGCAAGGUAGUGAUCAACAUGUAUACACACGGAAUCAGCAACACUCGAGGCAACAGGAGGGGUCUCCUGCAACACGAACGACGAACGGUAUAGGAUCAAGGCAAUCUUACCCGCAUGAAAUGUAUCAAAACUAUGGAUAUGCAAGCUACAGUAAGGAUCAAGUGGCGUAUGGCCAUCCAGGUUAUGAUCAAACACAGGGAUAUCCUGGAGACCAUAUGGGCUAUCCAAACAGCCACUAUGGUUAUCAUUACCACGAGAGUGGUGCACACGAGCACGCUCACGGCUAUUACAGUAGUGAAGGACAAAAAAAUGUGCAUAGCAACGAUUAUACGAAGAAUGCUUAUUACGAUACAAACUCAUAUGGUAAUCAACAAAGUGCAAGUGCGACAACCUAUGUGGCCGGUGCAGCGCAGGGUCCUACGCCAGGCGAACCAUACGCAGGUACAGGGGAAUGCGGCGACGGCUACGGUUCGUUCCAACAAUUUUAUGAAGCGACACACAACACUCCAACCACUGGUGAUAAUUCGAAUUCUUCAUCAGAUUUUCAUUUUCUUAGCAACCUAGCUAACGAUUUUGCUCCCGAAUAUUACACCAUUUGA